UUUUACCCACCUGCCUACCUACCUACUUAACUACUACCGGUGAUACAGUCACACCAGGAAGAAGACACAAUUUUUUUCACCUUACAGGAAAUACACAGCUAUGCCAAAACAGCGGGACUACUACAAGGUUUUAGGAGUGUCUCCUAGCGCAAAUCAACAAGAGAUUCGGAGUGCGUACAAACGAGAAUCCCUGAAGUCCCAUCCCGAUCGGGUUCCUGCCGAUUCCCCGGAGAGACCAGCCCGGACGCGCAAGUUCCAGGAGAUCAACGAUGCCUACUACACCCUUUCGGACGCAUCACGUCGACGCGAGUAUGAUGCACGGAGAAUGGCGGAGGGAGUAGAAGAGGAGCAAGACCAGGAGAUGCCCCAAGGAGGCGCUGGAGGGUUUCCAUGGUCUAAUUUCGGCUUCGGCUCUGCUGAUAGCGAACAGCGUGCAUCCGACCAGUUUGGGUCGAUGUUUGAAGAGAUGCUACGCGAAGAGGGUCUUGCUAGCGAAGACACGGAUGCCGAUGGCCAAAGUCGCACACAUCCAACCUCUCGCUUCUGGUCCGUUGUGGGUGGCAUCAGUGGUGGUGCGCUCGGUUUCAUUGUAGCCAACGCUCCUGGAGCAUUGGCUGGUGCUGUCGCCGGUAACCGCCUGGGAGCAGUCCGGGAUGCCAAAGGAAAGAGCGUCUACGAUGUCUUCCUUCAACUUCCCUACCAGGACCGCGCCCGAUUACUGAGUGAGCUAGCAGCCAAGGUUUUCCAAUCCACCAUGGGCCGUUGAGACCGCUGCCGUGGCGAGGAAGGUCGGGUUAGUUCGUUGUGGCUUUGAUCUGAUAUAAUAGAGUUUUUAAUUGGAAUGUGGCUGCAACAUCAUGGCCCUCUGUCAAAUCAUUGACCAGGCAUUGUUUUGGCCGGGACAAGAUUGACAUCCAAGCUGUAUCUAGUAGAUACUUUGUUCGCGCGUUGUGUGUAACGGUGGUAGAGUUGGUUUCCCAGUUAUCGAUAAGCGAUCCAACCCCACGCGCGGAUGACCUUCCAAUCUGACUUGACCGCCUUCGGGCCUGGCCGUGAGUGCCACAGCCCAAAACAGAUAGGCCCGAAUAUUGGCCUGGAACCCCGCCGUCCCUC